UGGAGUGUUGCAGUGCGCAUGCUCCGUGUAGUAGCCGGUUAUGGCGGCGGUGUGUGCUUGUCCAUGAGGUGGGGGACGCUUGCUAUUCUUGCGGUCUGUGACAGAGCGAUCCGAGCGAAGCGUUGCCAUGGCUGGAGUGUUUGACAUUGAUUUGGACCAACCGGAGGAAAAUGUCUCCGACGAUGAGAUUGAGGAGGCUCAAAUCAAUGAUAUCAUGGACCAGUGCAGCGGAUUUGAGUUCAACAUGGACGACUGUGAGAAGAUUGAGAUAUCAGAGGACAACGUCAAUCAGGGGACGGAGAACAUUAGACCGGAGUGCUUUGAGCUGCUGCGGGUCCUGGGGAAAGGUGGUUAUGGAAAGGUUUUUCAAGUUCGAAAAGUUGUUGGAGCUGCAUUGGGCAAAAUAUUUGCCAUGAAAGUUUUAAAAAAGGCUAUGAUUGUACGCAACGCCAAGGACACGGCCCAUACCAAGGCAGAGAGGAACAUCCUGGAGGAAGUGAAGCAUCCCUUCAUAGUUGAUCUUAUCUACGCCUUCCAGACUGGAGGAAAGCUGUAUCUCAUCCUGGAGUACCUGAGUGGAGGGGAACUUUUCAUGCAGCUGGAGAGGGAGGGCAUCUUCAUGGAAGACACAGCCUGUUUCUACCUAGCAGAGAUCUCCAUGGCUCUGGGCCACCUGCACCAGAAGGGCAUCAUCUACAGAGACCUAAAGCCUGAGAACAUCAUGCUCAACAGCCAAGGCCAUGUAAAGUUGACAGACUUUGGGCUGUGUAAAGAGUCAAUUCACGACGGCACAGUCACCCACACUUUCUGUGGUACCAUCGAAUACAUGGCCCCCGAGAUCUUGAUGAGAAGCGGACACAACAGAGCCGUGGACUGGUGGAGUUUGGGCGCUCUGAUGUACGACAUGCUCACAGGAGCGCCACCGUUCACUGGUGAAAACCGAAAAAAGACCAUUGACAAAAUCCUGAAGUGUAAGCUCAGCCUCCCGCCCUACCUCACACAAGAAGCUAGAGAUCUCCUCAAACGGUUGCUGAAGAGAAACGCCUCGUCACGGCUGGGAGCGGGAGCAGGAGAUGCCACAGAGGUGCAGGCUCAUCCCUUCUUUCGACACAUCAACUGGGAGGAUUUGUUGGCUCGGAAAGUAGAGCCUCCCUUCAAACCUUUCCUGCAAUCAGCUGAAGACGUGAGUCAGUUUGACUCGAAGUUCACCAGUCAGACACCAGUCGACAGCCCGGAUGACUCAACCCUCAGUGAGAGUGCCAAUCAAGCCUUCCUGGGUUUCACAUACGUCGCUCCGUCAGUCCUGGAAAACAUCAAAGAGAAGUUCUCAUUUGAGCCAAAAAUCCGCUCACCUCGACGGAUCGUGGGCAGCCCAAGAACACCUCUCAGAAAAUCCAUGCUAAAUGCCACUGACCAAGUCCACAGAGCCAGAGGAGAAGAACAGAGGCAGGGCCCAGUUAAAUUCUCAGGGGGGGACUGCUGGGCCCGGAGCCCCCUCCUCCCCGGCGGAGGACCAAGUGUCCUCCAUUCACCUCAGGACCAGGCCAUGGAGCUGUCCACCCCAGAGCAGAUGGACGUCACAACAAGCUCCGAGGCUUCGGCCCCUCUUCCCAUCCGUCAGCCUGCCGGGGUCAACCUGGCUCACAUGAAGCAGCAAGCCUAUCCCGUUGUGGCCAAACGGCCCGAGCAUCUACGUAUGAACCUAUGACCCACCGCGCCUCCUUAGGAGAGUUUAUUUCUUGACUCUUUUUUUUUUUUUCUUUGUUGAUAUUUUUUAAGAAACAAAGCAAAAAGAUAUGGAUGCUAGAGACAAUUAAAAUCCAAAAUUGCACAUCCGCACACUACAUAUACUGUCACAACCUGGAGUUUGUGCGUGGGUCUGGGACUCCAGCGUGCUGCAGUUCAGUGCUGCCAACGACAUCGCCGUCUCACCACUCCUCCUCCGACACCUCAGGUCUCAUGACCUUUGUCUUCUGAACCUCUCUUUCUGAACUGGACUAGUAGGACCGGAAAUCUUUUGAGGAGCUAUAGCCUUUGUGCAACCAGGAAAUCAAAGGCGAUAAUGUAUCACACAGUAUGCAAGCGAUUUACUCUCAAAUGCAGUCAGUCUCCGUACAAGAUGACGUCCAAAGUUCUGCUUUGUGCUAUUUGAAUGAAUGCCAGCGAGGAAAUUACUUCCAUUGGGAGAUUUUGACAGUUCUUCUUAGAUAAAAAUGCUUCCUGGCUCUGAAUGAAAUGAUAUGAAUUAGGUUUAUUAUUGAAAAAGAUCAAAGAAAUCAUCAUUGUGAGCGGCGGACAAGCAGAGGUUCUGGUAUUGAUAAAUAUAGCUUUAUGUCUUACGAUGUUUUACAAAAUGGAUGCAUUAACUGUGCUAUAAAUCAACGAUGAAUCAGAGAGCCUAAAUUAAACAAGAAAUAAAACAUGUUGACUUUUAAAUUUCAGCAUUGGUGUUGUGGAUGGCUUGUUUGAUGUUGGAACCAUACUUCAAUUAUCUGCUCUUCAGGCCUACUGCACUGCGGGAUGUAUCACUGGAUUAGUCGACACAUCACCAGGCAUAAUUCAGCUUGAUGCAACGCGCCUCACUUUCCCAUCACCACCCAAAACAUCAAACUGAUCUCGGUGCUGCUUUGUGUGAGCCCACUCCGGCCGCCCAAGAGACUGUUGGCCUCGGCGCUGACAGGACGUCAGACCCCACCUGACCCCUGGAGUGACUUCAUAUUGGAGACUGUGGCACCAGUUGAUCUGGACACUGUCUGCAGUUGUGGGGUUUAAUGCUCCAAAAACUUGGGACAACACUUACAGCCUCUUGCAUCAGCGUUCACUUGUUUAGGAGGGAAAUUUUAGAAAUCCUGAAAAGCAAGGAAAAUUAUAAUAAAAUGUAAAAAAAACAAA